AUGUAUUUGGGGGUGAUGGCAGGUCAUCAAAUGGGUUGGGGUAUAAUAGAAGAGGAGGGCUGGAGAAAGGGUCCUUGGACUGCUGAGGAAGAUAGGUUGCUUAUAGAAUAUGUAAGGCUUCAUGGUGAAGGCAGAUGGAAUUCUGUUGCUAGGCUUGCAGGACUGAAAAGGAAUGGAAAGAGCUGCAGAUUGAGGUGGGUGAAUUAUCUGAGGCCAGACCUUAAGAGGGGGCAGAUAACUCCUAAUGAAGAGAGCAUAAUUGUAGAGCUACAUGCUAGGUGGGGGAACAGAUGGUCAACAAUUGCAAGAAGCUUGCCUGGUAGGACUGACAAUGAGAUCAAGAACUACUGGAGAACCCAUUUCAAGAAGAAGGCAAAAGUGCCUUCUGAUGCCUCCGAGAAGGCGAAAACUCGUCUACUAAGGAGGCAGCAGUUUCACCACCAGCAGCAACAGCAGCAGCAGCAGCAGCAGCAACAACAACAACAACAGCAAUUGCAGCUGAUUAAUCAAGCAGAGGUGAAAAGAAUCAUGGCCUUAUUGGAUGAAAACGACAAUAACAAAAUCUCAUCCUGGCCUCAAGUGAAGCAAGACAUGGACACUUCUUCUGCUGCAUACCCUCACAACACAGCUGAUCAUCAGGAGCAAGGCUUCUAUUCAAUGCUCAAUGGCAAUGUGUAUGUGCCUGAAGCCUCCAGUGAGGACAGUUUUCUGUGGGAUGGUUUGUGGAACUUGGAUGAUGUCCAUGGAAAUUUUGGCACAGCAGCAGGCAAAGCUAGCUUCCACAACUUGGUGGUUCCUUUCUGUUAA